AUGGGGCCAAGUGAUAGGAGUUAUAAAUGCGCUGCGUUGCGAUCAGUGUGGAUAUAUGUGGCGCUUCUAAGUCACUCGUUUUAUUCAACGGAAGCGAAGGAUAUUGAGAGUUUUCAAAAUGCUACUCCUAUCAGAUACAAACCCAAACUAGAAUCGUUGUACAAAUUGGUACUAGCCCUGCUCGAGGAAAACCAAUCCAAUCCUAGUACUGAAAACAUCCAGAAGAGUAGUUCAGAAUUAAAUACAACUGGACUGUCGGGAAGAUAUCCCAGCCAUUGUCCCACCUAUCCGUCUGCCCACGGAAUCUAUACCGUUCAGGUGUUGGGACUGGAGCCCUUCCAGGUGUCCUGCGAUGCAGAGAUUGCCGGAACUGGAUGGACUGUGAUGGCCCGUCGCACCAGCAACAAGUUGAACUUCUUUCGCAGCUGGGCGGAGUACAAAAACGGCUUCGGGCAGCUCGAUGGAGAUUUCUUCAUUGGCUUGGACAAAUUGCAUGCCAUAACUAAGUCACAGCCCCAUGAGUUAUACAUACACCUUGAGGACUUUGAAGGACAGACACGAUAUGCGCAUUACGAUGAAUUCUUUGUCGAAAGCGAAAACAAAUUUUAUGCAAUGACCAAGCUGGGCGGAUUUACCGGCGACGCAGGGGACUCCAUGAUGCACAACAGGAACCAAAACUUCUCCACUUUCGAUAGGGACAAUGAUGGGUGGCACAAAAACUGUGCCGAGGAGUAUGUGGGUGCUUGGUGGCAUGUCAACUGCACUUACAGUAAUCUAUUCGGCAUCUAUGUGAAAGGUGAUGAGGGCCAGUACUUUCAGUGGAAGGGGAUCGUCUGGCACUCUUGGCGCACUGAGAGUUAUUCCUACAAAGUGAUGCAAAUGAUGGUUCGACCGAAAUGCUAUUGCUCAAGGUAAAAAAUGGGUUACGUUGUAACGUUACGUUGUAACGCCAUAGAAAAUAGUUGUUGUUGUUGCUGGUUUAUGAAUAAAUUCUCAGACACAGUAACACCAAAAAUCCAUCUACCUUCUGGCAGCUGAAACGAAAUGUAUAGCACGUAGGAAUUCUACAUACGAUGUAGCGCCAUAAAAUAUACAUUCACUUUAUAAUAUAAGUAAAAGAAACCACUUCGAAAGUAUUUUCGAAAAAUGAAUUCGAUAUCGAAGAGCAAUUCUAGCAAUUCUAUGAAUUUCGUGAACGGUUUUACGUGUAAUGUUAAAUAUAAGUAACUUAUAAGUAAAUUAUGAGUAGAAUAUAAGAUGUAUGCUAAAUGAAGAACUUCGAAAUUAAUUUCGAAA